AUUCAUUUUCUGGCGUUUUAUCCGUUCCGUGAUCUUCUAUGUUCAAGAUAUCGCCAUUUUGGUGUGUUGUAUUUGUAAUUAGUAAAAGAUUUUCAAAUGAUAAAGUUAAGGAUAUAUAUAAAUAACUAGUUUGGUGUUAACUUUGUGCAUUUACCUGUUAGUAAUAGAUUUGUUUUAUUUUAAAGAUAAAAAACUUAGUAAUUAUGGACGAUAAAGCUUCGUGUAAAGAACUGGAUCAGUGGAUAGAACAGUUAAAUGAUUGCAAGCAAUUAACAGAAAAUCAAGUGAAAACACUAUGUGAUAAGGCUAAAGAAAUAUUAUCUAAAGAAUCAAAUGUACAAGAAGUAAAAUGUCCUGUAACAGUCUGCGGAGACGUCCAUGGACAAUUCCAUGAUUUGAUGGAAUUGUUCAGGAUAGGCGGUAGAAGUCCGGAUACAAAUUACCUAUUUAUGGGUGAUUAUGUUGAUCGUGGAUAUUAUUCCGUUGAGACUGUCACUCUAUUGGUAGCACUAAAAGUCAGGUACAAAGAGAGAAUUACAAUAUUAAGAGGUAACCACGAAUCGAGACAAAUUACUCAAGUUUAUGGUUUCUACGAUGAGUGUUUGAGGAAGUACGGAAACGCCAAUGUUUGGAAAUUCUUCACGGAUCUGUUUGAUUAUUUACCUUUAACUGCUCUCGUCGAUAGUCAAAUUUUCUGUUUGCAUGGUGGAUUGAGCCCCAGCAUCGACACUUUGGACCACAUUAGAGCCCUAGACCGCUUACAGGAAGUACCACACGAAGGUCCUAUGUGCGAUCUCCUGUGGUCCGACCCCGACGAUCGCGGAGGUUGGGGUAUUUCCCCAAGAGGCGCCGGUUACACUUUUGGUCAAGAUAUAUCGGAAAGUUUCAAUCACAGCAACGGUCUCACUUUGGUAUCGAGAGCGCACCAGCUGGUAAUGGAAGGAUACAAUUGGUGUCACGAUCGAAACGUCGUCACCAUCUUCAGCGCGCCGAAUUAUUGUUACAGGUGUGGGAACCAAGCCGCCAUUAUGGAAUUAGACGACGCUCUUAAAUAUUCGUUCUUACAGUUCGAUCCGGCACCAAGACGUGGCGAACCGCAUGUUACGCGUAGAACUCCAGACUAUUUCCUUUAAAUACACUUAUUAAUAUUGUUUUUUCUUUUUUUUUUUUUUAUUUUUUUUCCGAACGCAAUGUAUCAUUCAACCACAAAAAAAAUGAAAGCUUAGUUCUUAUUAAAAAAAAUUAUUGCGAUGGCGUUACCCUACGUAUACAUAUAUUUUUUUUAUUAUCUUGUCCAUUUUUUUUUUGAUAACGGUUAAUAAAUUCGCCGAAUAUUCGUACGAUUAUUUACCCCUUAGACCGAACCUGUUUUUAUUUGAAUCGUUAUCAAGUUUUUGAAAAUCGAAAAAAAAAGUUUGCGCCAAAAUCGCCAGGAUUUUUAUACGAGGGGGUAAAGAGAAUUGAGAACGUCGUUUACAUUUUUCCCCGCCCUGUAUAUUGAAUUUAACGUAAAAAGAUUCGGAGUGUUUUCAAAUAUAGUUCUAAUUGUUAAUUUUUGAUGAUAUUGAAUAUCCACAGUUUUCCAAGCACUUUUGCAAUAUUGAAUCAAUAAUUUUGACUAUACGACGUUUUUAACAUAUCUUCUUAAACUUGGUAAUCCAAAAUGCCUACUUUUUACACAUCAGGAAUACCAUCAGCACUUUUUUUACAUAAAACACUAGAAGAAUUAAUUUCUAUUCGUUUUAUAGAAUGAUUCAAGACGAUUUCGACUAUCCAUUUUUGAUUUGCAAAUGGUAUACCAAGACAAAAAUUAUUUACGCAUUAAGAAUACCAUUUGAACUUUUUUAUAUAAAUAAAACCUCAUAAAAAUUCUUAUCGUUUCGUUUUAUUCAAUGUUUUAAAGCAAUUUCAAAGAUCUGAUUUUUUCGUUUUUUUACUUACAUUUGGUAUUCCAAGAUUACCAGUUUUUACAUAUCAAGAACACCAUACCUGUUCUUAUAUAUUAUUUAUCCACAUAAAACACGAGAAUAUUGAAUGUUUUUACAGUUUAAGCAAAAAUAAACUUUUUUACACAUCAGGAAUACCAUUUGUAAUACUAAAGUUCGUUUUAUACUUAUCGUGAAUACCAUUUCUGCCUUCACAUAUUAUUUCACGUAAAACAACAAUGUAGAGGAAACAAUGUUUUUACACUCUGUAAUCCGAAAUAAACAUUAUUUACAUAACUGGAAUACCAUUUGUGCUACAUAAGCUUGUUUUUACAUAUUUGAAUCACCUUUUCUACAUUUAUACGUUAUUUAAUCACGUACAACACAACAAUUUUGAAUGCCUAUAGAUGGUAAUCCAAUAUAAACUUUUUUUACACAUUUGGAAUACCAUUGGCACUUUUUUAGAUAUAACACUACAGUAAAUAAUUUGAUUCAUUUCUGUGUAUUUAUAAUAUUAACAAAUUUAGAUUCAAUUUUUACAGAUAAAUAUCGAUUUUCACGUCAAAGGACCAAAAAAAUGAUUUUAAUUUAAAAAAAAUUGUAAAAACCCAAAAAAAUUUUGUAUUUCAUUGAAAAAAACCAUCGAACUUACAGCUAAAAAUUUUUUUAAGAUUUUAUGGGAAAAAACGACGUUUCGGGUUGAUUCUUUUUGCGCCGUUUGCGGAAAAAAAUUAUUAAAAAAAAAAUAAAA